CGAGUGCAUGCUUUCUGCUCGAGGCACCGCCUCGUGCCACUGCACCGGUGACUACGUGUAGCCGCGCAAAAGCGAGACAAGCGGCUGAUGAAAUACGAUCCAAUUACCUUCAGUCCAUCAACCCUCCUCGCCGGUCCCGUGCGCUGCUGUUUCGUUUCUAUAUUUCAAAGCGGGUCCUUCCCCGCGGCCCCAGUCAGUAAUAGCCUACAGGCUCGCGCCGGUGCCAGCGCAAUGUUACCACGUUAUGCUCGCGCGCGGGGCUGGUCCAGUGACAGUGACGCAAAAGACGGCUGUUCUUCAGUGCUUCUGGUCACCGUUUCACCGUUUAUUGGUUCCGAAUAGCGCGACCCAAUCCGAGUCAAGGGAGGCGUGCUGACGAGAGAGCGUGCGUCCGGAGAGAGGCGGGGUCCUCUCGUGCGCUCUCGCUCUUUCAGCACCGUGGACAGCGACUCGCGCUCGACUGCGGCGAGAGAGACUCGGGAGACGGGGGCUGCUCGCCGGAACGCGAGACUCUUGCCUCCCCUUCCACUCCUCUGCUUACCCAACACCGCACCUUUGGCCUCGCUUGUCUCAGCCCUCUCGCUGCAGUGUGUGUGAUGAGCACGAACUCUUUUCUGCGCCUCUCCUCCACUGCGUCUGGGAUCUUAGGAAAGAAAAACCCAGAGAAAUUUUAGGUGAGCGCGAUUACGGCUUCUAGCAAACGUUAGACGACGAGACUCGUUAAUCCCUUUGCUUUUGCCGAAUGAAAGCUAAAUGUAUUCUCGUUAAGUCGUUCGGCCAUGUUAAGGGUGAUGUGAAACCGCUCUGCAUAACUAACAUGAAGUUUCUCAGUUUGUGUCUAGCCCGGGCACGCUCUGGUGCGUAUUAGGAUCCCCCUGCUUCUCACCUUUUCUCCGGCACAGUGCCACGCAGGCAUUUUGGGGCGCCUAUGCUCGGAAGAUGAGGUCUCUGUCUGACUUUUUAAAUUGCACGCAAGACCGUUAAAGCGGAGGGCCGCGAGGACUCAGCAGUGUCCCAGUUCCGCGAGGGUGUACUCGUGAGCCCUUCUCUAUGCCGUUGUAGUCGUCGCUGCAGCCAAAUCUCAGUGCAUUCAAAAGAUCCGAAACGCAGAAGAAUCUGGGCUGAAAAAAAAAAAUGAAGAAGUUCCGAAAGGUUUUGGACGGGUUGACCACCUCGUCGCCCGUGAAUGCCGGUGGCUCGCCCGCGUGCGGCAGCGCGGCAGGGACGCCCACUGCAGCACCGACUCCCCGGGAGCUGGACAUCCAGGAAACGCUGAUGUCGGAGCACUUCCAGAUCUGUAAGACCGUGCGUCAUGGCUUCCCCUACCAGCCCACUGCUCUGACGUUUGACCCCGUGCAGAAGAUCCUGGCCAUCGGCUCGCGCUCGGGCGGAGUGCGCAUUCUGGGACGGCCGGGAGUGGACUGCUUCUGUCAACAUGAGAGUGGGGCAGCUGUUCUUCAACUUCAGUUUCUCAUCAAUGAGGGGGCGCUGGUCACAGCAUGUGCCGACGACACUCUGCACCUCUGGAACUUGCGACAGAGGCGUCCUGCAAUACUGCACUCACUCAAAUUCAACAGAGAAAGGAUCACUUUUUGCCAUCUUCCGUUCCAGAGCAAAUGGCUCUAUGUUGGCACGGAGCGGGGAAACACCCACAUUGUCAACGUGGAGUCCUUCAUCUUAUCCGGCUACGUCAUCAUGUGGAACAAGGCCAUAGAGCUAUCAACAAAGACGCAUCCUGGACCGAUAGUCCAUCUGAGUGACAGUCCAAAAGAUGAGGGAAAGCUGCUGAUCGGUUUUGAGAGCGGCACUAUUGUGAUGUGGGACCUCAGAUCCAAAAGAGCUGACUUCAGAAUUUAUUAUGAUGAGGCAAUUCACUCUGUGAGUUGGCACCAUGAAGGACGCCAGUUCAUGUGCAGUCAUUCUGAUGGAAGUCUCAGCAUGUGGAACCUGAGAAACACUGCCAAACCCUUCCAGGUCACCUUCCCUCAUGGUAAAUCUCAGAGAGAUGGAAGGAAAGAGUCAUGCAAACCCAUUCUUAAAGUGGAAUACAAGACCUGCAGAAACAGUGAGUCCUUUGUCAUCUUCUCCGGGGGUCUGUCCUACGAUAAGGCAGGGCGGCGUCCCACCCUGACCAUCAUGCAUGGCAAAGCCAUCACAGUGCUGGAAAUGGACCAUCCUAUAGUGGAGUUCCUCGUCCUCUGUGAGACCCCUUAUCUCAAUGAGGUGCAGGAACCCUACGCUGCUGUGGUACUACUGGAGAAGGACCUUAUCGUGGUGGAUCUUACACAAAGCAGUUUCCCCAUCUUUGAGAACCCUUACCCCAUGGACAUCCACGAGUCUCCGGUCACAUGCACGGCUUACUUCGCGGACUGUCCCCCGGACAUCAUCCCUGUCCUCUACUCCAUAGGAGCCAAACACAAAAAGACGGGCUACAGCCACAAAGAGUGGCCAGUGAGUGGUGGCACAUGGACAGUCGGUUCUCAGUCGUAUCCAGAGAUCAUCAUCACAGGACAUGCAGACGGGUCGAUAAAGUUUUGGGACGCCACGGCCAUCACACUGCAGAUGCUGUACAAGCUGAAGACGUCGAAGGUGUUCGAGAAGCCGAAGGGCAGCGAGACGGCCCGUGGUGCCGAGCUGGUGGAGGAGGACCCGUACGCCGUGCAGAUGGUCAGCUGGUGCCCGCAGAGCCGCAUCUUCUGUGUGGUGGGCAUCAGCGCCCACAUCAUCCUUUACUGCUUCAGCAGGCACGAUUCCAACACCGCCAUCACGUCCCUGGAGGUGCGUCUGCAGUGUGAGGUGGAGGACGUGAUCUCGCCGUCAGACACAGAGAACGCGGUGUGUCUAAUGGACGCGGGGGGCCACUCACCCCAGCCCCCCAGCCCCCGCGGGAAUACGCCAGACGGCGCGCGGGACGGCGCGCGGGACAGCAUUCCCUGCCUCAAGGUAAAAGAUCGUGUGAUACGGAUGCCCCCUGGUUACCAGGCAGAGCUUGUGGUGCAGUUGCUAUGGGUUGACGGAGAGCCACCUCAACAAAUCACCAGCCUGGAUUUAAACUCCGCCUAUGGCCUGCUGGCUCUGGGUAACUGUAAUGGCCUGGUUGUGGUGGACUACCUGCAGAAGACCAUAAUCCUCUGCAUGACCACUCUGGAACUGUACGGUUCAGCUGACCCCUUCCAACGCCUCACCCGCUCGCCCCGCAAGAACCGCCAGUCCACAUCAGAGUUUUGCAUGCGUGGCCUGUCUAACUUUUAUUCCGAUUCAAAGAAACGGAUCCGUACCUCCUACCAGAGCCUUACGGAACUUUCCGAUAACCAGGUAUCUCUGGAUCAGGAGAGGAGCAAGUCGCCAACCUCAGAUCAUGUGAAUGGACAUUGCACUAGCCCAACCUCCCAGGCCUGCCCGCCCGGCAGGCCUCGCGUCCCGGGGGGCCCCGAGGGGCCCCGCCUCGCCCGCAGGGGACCCGGCCGACCACCCUUCCGCAAGGCCCAGUCCGCUGCAUGCAUGGAGGUCUCUUUGCCUGUGUCCUUCCUCACUGAAGAGAGUCGGGAGAACUCUUUCAGCCGCUCCCGGAGCUCAAGCGUCUCCAGCAUAGAUCGGGACACUAAGGAGGCGGUGACUACGCUGCACUUCGCUGAGUCGUACGGCCGCAGGUCAGACGUCCUGCCCGCGCCGUGCCUGUGGGUGGGCACCAGCCUGGGCCUGGUGCUGAUCGUGCCCAUGUCUAUCCCUACCGACGAGCAGGAGAGGAUGGAGGAGCCUGUGACCAUAGCGCCCACCAGCACAGUCCUGAUGCUCAAAGGUUCUGUCCUGCGCUUCAGCUUUCUGGACUGCACCGGCGGCCUCAUCCACAGCCCGCACGAGGCGUGGCGGGACACGCAUGCCCCCGACGACCCUGAGCGGCCCCGCCGGCGCAGGCUGGUCAACUUCUCUCCCUGCUUCUCGCAGGAGGCCGGCGGCGAUGGCCACCUGGCCGUGGUGUGCUCCGAGAGGCAGGCCAAGGUCUUCUUCAUGCCUUCCCAGGCCUGCCUGUACGUCCACAACAUCACCGAGUCCUCCUUCGUGCUGCGCGCAGACGUGGUGGCCAUCUCUAACAUCUCCAACAGCGUGUGCCUGGCCUGCUUCUGUGCCAACGGACACAUCAUGAUACUCAGCCUGCCCAGUUUACGGCCCCUGCUAGAUGUGCACUACCUGCCACUAACAGAUAUGCGCAUUGCUAGAACGUUCUGCUUCACUAACGGAGGGCAGGCCCUCUACCUCAGCUCUCCAACAGAGAUACAGCGCAUCACCUACAGCCAGGAGAUGUGCGAUAAUCUACAGGAGAUGCUGGGGGAGCUGUUCACGCCGACCGACACACCUGAGGCGCAGAACCGAGGUUUUCUGAAGGGCUUUUUCGGUGGUAACACCCAGACCUUCGACCGAGAAGAGCUCUAUAGUGUGUUAAUGACACAGCGGCGCGUGUGUCCUAUAGUCGGUGAGGCAGCAGCAGGGAAGGCUUCUCGGAGCCUGGCGCAGCACAUUCCAGGCCAGGGCAGCGUGGAGGGCGUGAGAGCAGCCGCGGGCGGGGCAGUGGGUGAGCUGGCCCGAGCGCGCAUCGCCCUGGAUGAGAGAGGCCAGAGGCUAGGAGAGCUAGAGGAGAGGACGGCUCUCAUGAUGGCCAGCGCGGAGACCUUCUCCAAACAUGCGCAUGAGCUGAUGCUGAAAUGUAAGGACAAGAAGUGGUAUCAGUUUUAGAGGGCUCUGGAUGGAAGCUAAUUCCACCCUCUAACCACAAGGGGGUGCUACUCUGGAACAUGGACCUUCACUCUUUCACAAAGAGGCACGGAGGGACUUAGUGCUGUUCCAUCGCUAUUGGAGCUGUGUGCACAGGACUACAUUUCAAUCAGACUGGUUUGGCAGACUGAAGACAGAAUAUGAUGGACAUGUACCAUUAGCGUUGAUUAAAGGGGUGACCAUGCCCUCCUGCGUUGUCGAUUAGACCUUAUUUGUUCAUGUGCAGAGGCUGGGGUCCUCAAGGGAGGUAAAUUGGCUCUAGAUGUGUAGAUACUCUGAAAGCUAUGAAACCAACAAGACUGCAUGAAACAAAAUGGAUGACUUAUAAAAACAUAAAACUGCCAUAUUCAGCAGCAUGUUACUUUAAAACAAACGGAAAUAAAAGAUUAACAGAAUUUUAUUUAAUAAUAUAAGCCAAUACCAGAAACCUAUGACCAAAAAAAAAAACAAAAAAAAAAAACUUUAUAUUUUUUGAAAUAGUGACAAAAUAUAAAUAAAAAAGAAAACUGUAUACCUGCAUUGCUAUAAGGCAAAAAUAUUGUUUUGGGGUUUUUUAUUACACCAUAUUUUUUCUUUGAAAAACAUUAUUUGAGAAUAUACGCAACUGUCUUCCCAUCAGUAAUUGCCCAUUGAGUUCCACUCUUAUAUUCAAUUUGCAGACAUCAAAAAUAUAUAUAGUAAAAAACCAUUCACAGUUCUCUGAGAGAAAACAUACAAUCUGCAGCCAAACUAGAGUGCACUUACCAACAACUGGUUCUGAAAGAUAAUCUCAUAAACUACAUGUCAUGUCACUAGCAAAAUAAUACUAUGUUUACAAACUAGCUGCUGACAAAAUGUCCCUUGAAUUACACCUUUACUAACAAAUAAAGAGUUACUUCACCCUCUCCUAGAAACGUAAGAUGUAACAAAGUGGUUUUAGGCGUAUAAGCGAGAAGAAAAUUCUUUUUGGCAAUAUGAGCCGUGAGUACAUCUUUGUGGUCUUACCUGGGUGUGUUUCUAAUCAUGAAGCCAAUGUAAUAAUACAUGUGCCAUAUUCUAGAUGGGUGAAGUAUCUUUCCUGUAAACUAGCGAUGAACCUAUUAUGUCCGUGAUUGAUAUUUUGAACUGUUACCUGUAGAUGAAACUAGUCUAACUCAACUUGAUGGUUAGUCUGGUUAUUCGUGUCUGUUACAGUACACUGCAGUUGCAAAUGUUUGUUCAUUCAAAUUGUAUGGUUUUUUUCUUUUUAUUAUUUAUUUACAAAUAAUUCUUAGCUGGCCUUUCAUAUCAUUUUGUUUUCCGGACUUUUCUGCUGCCUCCGGUGAUGUGUAACAAGGAUUGGUGAACCUCAGUGUACCUCACUGGAAAUGUUGUAUGGAAAAACCUCUGCCAAGUCCAGGAAGCUUGAAUAUUUGUGAGAGAGUGAAUUUUUCCGUACCAUGUAGAAUGAGUUUGACAUUUACAUGAUGUCCGAAGAGUCACUCGUGUCUUUUGAUUGUUGUUGGAACAUGUGCAGGCAGAGACUUGGCCAUUGGGACACUACAUGAAUCUAUAUUCAUGUUCUUUGUGUUAUGUCUUUUAGUGUGUGCACUGUUCAACGUGAAUGGAAAGCCUUGGUCACUGUGGGAUUUGGAUUGAUAUUAGCUUACAUGUGAGCGAAAUCUUUCUGGAUUGUACUUUUAGUGUGAAACCAUCUUUUAUUGGUUUAAUUUCUGGCCUGAUGUGCUUGUGCUGUAAGCUGUGCCGUUCCUUUUCCACAACACACUUCUCAUAAUACCCAUAAUGACUUUCUCCACUUCUUCUGCACCUCGGCUUUGUAUAUAGGAGGGGCUGCACUCUGACGUACCUCCUGGUCAAGUAAAAAUAGGUAGUGAACACCAACAGCGUGAGAACCAGAACCUGUACUGUUUGUGUUGAAGCUCAUCAUGCAAAACAACUUUUUAAGGUAUAGUUUACCCUGAGCAAAAAUGCAAGAAUGGCUAACAACAUUAAAAAAAGCUAGCAGGUCAUUGCUAGCAAGCCAUGGAAGGAUGAACCACCCCUUUCAAAGUUUGUUUUAAUAACAGCUUCACAUAUUUAUGAAGUGAACUCAUGUGGCCAUCUAAGAAUUUGACCACCAGAAAUGGUAGCAUUUUCAGAGCCAAGAAAAAGAGCUGAUAAAGAAUGAUUUCACAUUCAUCAUCGCAUUUGUUUCAGCAGCAGAAACAAUGGCAGGGUGUUCUGUUUCUAUGUCCUCAGCUUUUAUACGGAAAUGUACAGUUGAACUUGCGGAGACUGCGGGAAAAUGUCAUACAAUUAAACUACUGACCGAUGUGAUUUGGACAUUUCUUUGUGAAUGUUGUACCUGUUAAAAGAUGGUACCGUGUCUAACAUUCCCAGUGAAAUUCCACAGCCCCCCACACCAUUCCUGAGCCGCUGGUCUUUUCAGAGAAGGCAGAUCUUGUUUAAAUGGGUAUUACCACCUUUGGUUCUUAUCGAUAUUACAGUAGUGUUAUAGAAGUUACUAAAAAAAAAAUCCUAAAACAUAUGUUGAUGCUAAACAAGUUGAAAUAAACAUUGAUUGAUGUAUAUGAUAUUGUGAAACUGAUUUGUUUCUCUCACAGUUAGUUUAGAUAUGUGUGUGAUGUCUAGAGUGUGUAUAAGAAAAACUCACUGUCAUCGAUCAUCAUGCAUAAUUUGAAGAGUG